AUGUAUCGUUUUUUGAUUCUUGUCUCUCUCGUUGGUAUUGCUAUUGCAACUGCACCUAAACCAUGCUGUACACCAAAGCAAUGGGAAGGGGUUGUUGAAGCAGCCGGCAUGAAUGUAGUUGGAAAAGGAAAAACUGCUAUGAACUCGACCUUUCGCGUUUUAAUGCAUGCUUCAUAUGAUUACCAAAAUAGCAGGAUUAGAAUUGAUGAGGACGUAUAUCCGACUGGUGGUAAGAAAGUCCGUAUUACAAUCAUCGGCGACUUUAAGAAAGCAAAGAAGGUCUAUACUGUUUACAACGGCAAGUGCACCUCACUUUCCACCAAAUCACCAAUGCCCGAGGCCUGCGUUCCUAAGAACGCUACUUUCUAUAUGGGAGGUACGCUUGGAGCUACAUUAAAGUAUAAUACCUUCGCUUAUGCCAAAAAAGAUGGAUCCUUGGGAGCGAUAAUUGAUGUAUCUGCAACGGGUUGCAUUCCAAUUGCCGAAUUAGCUUUCCAGAAAGCAAAGAUACAGGAUGAUCCCGCAACCACUGAUAUGAAUAACCAAACGUUGUAUGACAUAGUAACCAACAUCAUAAAAUAUGCAAGUGUUAUCUGCAUUAUUUGUAGUAUCAGGUGCAUGAAUAUAGUCGUAAAAGGCGUUGACGUUUAA